UCAAUGUCAGCGAAUUGACUAAAAAUGUAUUCGAAACCAUCGGCAAUCUCUGUUAAAACAGCAACAUCUGCUUAUAAAAAUGAAAACAAAGAAUCUCAAGACGAAGAAAUUUUUGAUUUAAGUAAUUAUACAUCCCUGGAACGCAAGCAAUUUACAUGGAGUGGUAUGUACCCUCUAGAUACGACCAAUAAAUGGAAAAUAUUAAUCCACAACAUUAAAUUCUUAAUUCUUUUAAUGUUUUCUUCUAUUCUUGCUGUUUCAAUGACGGUCAAUUUGAUUCUUGGCGUUGACAACCUUUCGGAGGUCACAGCAAUUCUCUACUAUUUGAUUACACAAAGUGCGUACUUGAUUAAACUCGCAAACUUUCUCAUUCAACGACAUAAACUACCCCAUCUUGAGGAGCAUUUAAAACAUUAUAUUUCCUAUAAGUUUUAUAAGAUUUUUGGGCAUGAAGGUCUGGAUUCUAUUAUAAAAGUUUGCGUUUUUACUGGGAUGUAUUUUCGAGUGUGUGUCACUGUUGUGUUGGUAUUUUACAUUCUUGUACCGCUUGUGUCCAGUGGGGUUUUAUUGCCAUUUGCUGGAUGGAUGCCAGUUAGCAAGGAAGAUUACAGGGCAAUUAUAUUCACUGUGCAGAUUUGUUGUUAUUUUGUGAGUGCUUACACAAACUCAUCGAUUGAUAUUUAUUCUGCGUAUUACAUCAGUAUUGGUGUUGGAGAGUUACGAUUGGUUAAAUCGGCAUUAAUGAACAUUGAUUAUACCAUGGGAGAUGAUGGAGUUUGCAAAGCAUUUCACAAUGAGUCUAAUCCUGAUCUUAAAAAACAAUAUGGGGAAGAUGAUGGUUUUCAAGAGAAGAAUGAGCCUAAAUUACCGGCGAGUACUCUUCGUGAAGUUUUAGUUCUACAUAAACAUGCAAUAACGUUGAUUAAUAUGAUCGAAAAUACAUUUUCGUAUGGCAUUUUUGUUCAGUUUUUGGCAAGUAUUGCGGUUAUUUGUUUAACUGGGUUCCAAAUGCUAGUUGUUUCUCCGGCAAGUGCAGAAUUUGUUCUUCUUUUUUUCUAUUUUGCUUGUAUGAUGUGUCAAGUUAUUCUCUACUGCUGGUAUGGAAAUGAAAUUAUGUUCGAGAGUGGUGGUAUUGUUGAAGCCUGUUAUAUGUCAAAUUGGCAAGAAGCUGACCCAAAAUACAAGAAAGUUUUGAUUAUCAUGAUGGAGCGUUCUAAACGAGUGAUAUUUCUCACGGCUGGGAAAUUCUUCAUUUUAUCGCUGACGACUUUAGUUAUGAUCGUCAAAUCAUCAUAUUCAUAUUUUGCGGUGUUGCAACGUCUUUACAAAGAAACUACAGUUUCAAUUAUUUUCAAAGAAACAUCAAAAUAUUUUAAAAAAAUGGAAAAAGUUAAAGAAGUACUCCAAAAAAUUGCUUAUAAAAUAACAAAUCAUGCGAACGGAAAUAUUGAUGAAUUUGACUUAAAUGAUUUUAACCAACUUGAACGUAAUAUUUUUCUCCUGGGUGGUAUGUAUCCAAUUAAAACAAAGAAUAAAUGGAAGUUAUUUAAACAUUUCUUGCGACUAGUCUUUGUACUUUCGUGUUUUAUGACACUUGUAUUAACUCUCACAUUAUCUUUGAUUCUCGACGAUAAAACAUUACCUGAGAAAGUGGAAAUUCUUAUCUACAAUAUAACAAUGAUAUGUUGCAUGGUAAAAGCCUGUAUAUUUCUCUACAAUCGCAACAAAUUGUUAAUAAUAGAAGAACACCUUCGACAACCACUGUCUUAUAAAUAUUACAAAAUAUUUGGACGUGAUGGAAUAGAAGCCAUUAUUCAUAUAUGCAACGUAAUGUCGAUAACUUUACGUGGAGCUAUCACAAUGUUUAAUUUGUUUUAUAUACUGGUACCAUUAUUUUCACCUAAUGCUCCACUUCCCUUUCCUGGAUGGUUCCCGAUUGACCAAACAAAAUAUCGCUUCAUCGUUUUUUCUAUAGAAUCCAUAGCGAUACCUGUAUGUGCGUAUAUGAAUGCUAACAUGGAUAUAUAUGCGACGUUUAGUAUUAGCAUUGGUAUUGGGCAAUUGCGAUUGUUGAAGACUUGCUUUUCUAAUAUUCAUUAUGGACAUACAGAUGGAAAAACUGAAAUUUAUACGAUCGAAGAAGAUGGAGAGAAAAGGACCAAAGUUGUGUCGAAUAAUUUAAAAGAUAUUGUUGAAUUACAUAAACAUGUUUUAACGUAUAUUGCAAUGAUAGAAGGCAUAUUUUCUUAUGGCAUAUUUUCUCAGUUUUUGUCAAGCAUUGGAAUUAUUGGUUUAAUUGGUUUUCAAACUUUGAUUGUUCCUCCGAGUUCUAAGGAAUUUUUUGUGGUGGUUUGCUUCUUUGUGUGUGCAAUGGGUCAAGUUGUUUUAUAUUGCUGGUUUGGCAACGAAAUUCUAUUUGAGAGCAGUGGAAUUGUAGAGUCUUGUUAUAUGACAAACUGGUACGAUGGUACUCAGUCGGAAAAGAAAGUUUUGUUUUUUAUCAUGGAACGAGCUCGAAACAAUGUGAUAAUCACAGCUGGAAAAUUUCUAACAUUAUCUUUAGCAACUUUAAUUUUUAUAAUGAAAACGGCCUAUUCGUACUUUGCAGUUUUACAACAAUACUAUAAAAACAAGGACUUGUUUUUAUAAGAUUAACAAGUUAAUACUUGGUAAAUUAAAAUGGAUCUUGAUAAAUUUAUAAUAAAAGCAAUAGUGAUAUUUUAACAAUAAUAAACAAGGCAUUAUUGUAGUUGUUAUUGCCAAUUUCUAUGUGUGUGGAAUAUAAAUAAAGUGUUAUCAACACUAACAUACUUCUUGGUAAAGAAAUUAAUAAUUGAUACAUAAUAAAUAAUAUAAUAUAAAAUAUGAUAUCACUGAAAACUUACAAAGGCUUAUGGUUUUGUAUUUAGAGGUGCAGAAGUCUUAGAAAUACGAGUACGAAUUAUUUGCUUAUAUAAAAUAGAUCUUGAUAAAUUUAUGAUAAAAUUAAUAGAAAUACUUUUAAAAAUAAUGUCUACACAAAAUAGUAUGUAAAUCUUUAAUGUCAUUUUUUUAGGUAAGGAAAAAUUGUUAUCACAAUAAUAAAAUUAAUUUCAAUUAAAAAAUUAAUAA